GUUGUCUAAACAUAAAUGUCUUACUUACUAGUCUUAUCAUCAAGUUAUGGUCUUAUCUUAUUAUUGUCAAAAUAUCAUAUUAUUAAUUAUAUUUAUAUCUGAUUAUUAUCUACAACAAAGAACAGAACUAUUUGAUAACUAAUUACAAUAAAGGUACAAGAAAUAGAAAAAAUGUACAUAAUCGUUAUCUACAAGGACGAACCAGAACUAUCUACCUAUCGAAGAACCUCCAGCGAGGUUGACCUCUCAGUUGAAAAGAUCUUACUGGUUAACCCCCACUGCCCUGUGAGGAUCAUGUUAGAGUAUAUCCGGACAACGUGUCGUUUGGGGAAGUUCACAAAGUUCGAUUUGUGUGACGAAAGUGGUGUAUUGAUGGGCCUGUUCAGCAUGCCCACUUACACGUACGCUACUGAUCAUUUUGUGCAUAAGAAAACUUAUUACAUCAUUGUUAUGAAGCAGGAGGCGGAUAAAAGUACAUCCGUGCUGCCCCAGUUGAACCGCGGGAACAGCAUCUACGAGGAUCUGAAGAGCAGGGUUCUAUACUACCUCACUACGGGCGAGAUGAGUCCCCCACUGUUACAAGCUACUCGUAACACGUCGGCUACUAAGACUGGCGCGAAGAAAAAGCUCUAAUAUAAUAUUAUUAUCAUGAGGACUAACUUACCCGCCCGGCCUUCGCAGAGGUAGAAUUUAAAAAAAUCGAUCAUUGGUUAUAGGGUUCUGCAUCCAAAGGGUGCAAAAGGGUCCCUAUUCCCACUGUUUCCUUGUGGAGCUAUUAAUUUGUCCUACUAGUAGGACCACGAUGAAGCUCAGUUCCUCGUGGCCUACGAAGGUAAUAUGAGCAAGUUUUGAUUUUCAUUUAGGUAUUUAGUACCUAGUACAAUCGCGUCAAACAAAAGGUUCUUAUAAUACUAAGCCUCCACCGUACGUCCGCCCAUCCAUCUGUCUAUCAAUGGGCUGUACUUAUCUCAUGAACCAUACAUUACUAUGUAAAAAAUGUAGAAAGUUGAAAAAUUCAUAGAUUGUGCUAUUGCGUAUAGCAACAAAAAUAAUAAAAAUUUCAAAAUGGCUGCCAUGUAAGUUAAAAAAAAAUGCAUAAUCGUGUACACCGACCUAACUAUGGAAUCCUUCCGGAUUUUUUAACGUAUGUUACACACACUUAUUAUACACAUCAUUAAACAUCUUGUAUUAAAAAUCGAAGGGACUUGAUCAAAUUUUUUUAAGUAUGAUUUGUAUUUUGUACGAAUUAACCAACUUCAAAAAAGGAGGAGGUUCUCAAUUCGUCGGAAUCUUUUUUUUUAUAGAAAUGGUGACAGCACCACAGCAUGAAUCAUCCCGCGCCUAGCCUAGGUAUUCAUAUAGGAAGUAGGUAGACUACAGUCGCCCAUAGGAAAGAGUCUAACGUGCUGUGCAUAUUGAAGACGAACUUAUAUAGUUCGACUCCAGGAAGGAUCGCACGUGCCAUUGAAACCGGAUGUGAGGCU